GGACAGCUGAAAGGAAAACCAGAAGUAGUUAGUAAUGCCCCAACGUACUUCACACCAAGAAACAAUUGCCGGGUUUUAAAAUGGACCCAUCCACCCCCACCUCUAGUAAAAUGACCCAUGUUGGGUCACCAUCCCCCUCACCACCAAUUAUUAAGAGGAUGAAAUGGGAAAGUGAGGUAAAGAACGGAUGUACGAUUCUUAUGACAGGUCUAGCGAAGUCGGGGAAGACCACGAUUUCGAAGGCCCUUGCUGAAAUGCUCAAAUCCAACAAGGUUCCCGUCAAAGAGAUAGAUGGAAAGUAUUUGAGGGCUGGUCUCUGCAAAAAUCUUGAUUUUGACGAAGAGAAGGAUAGGUCGGCGUUUGUUCACUUGGCUAGUGAAUACGCAAAAGGGUUCACAGAAGAAGGGUUUGUGUCCAUCAUUUCCAUUGUGGCUCCAUUACAUGAGGACAGACAGAAAGCCAGAGAUUCUCAUGAGCGAGAUGGACUAAAGUUUGUAGAUGUCUUUGUGGAUAGGUCAAGAUCGGAAUGUGAUGCAGAAUCUGGCCUGAGUAGAAAUGUCAUGAACCCUAUUGAUGCGGACUACGAGCCACCCACAAAUCCAGAUGUUCAUCUCAAACGGAUUGGCAACAACGUGGAUGAAUUGACGAGACAUCUUGCUUCGAGAUUAGUUGGAUAUAAAAUUGUUCAACCACUGUUCGCUCAACCUCAGUCGCCGUUUUCUCCAUCCAUUUCUUCACCCAGAUCAACAGUUCCUUCUCCCUUUACAGCAACACCUUCGCCCUCCUCAACGACAUAUUCCUCUGAUUCGGACUUUGGUGCUGGAGAGUUGGACGACGAAGGGGAUAGCGUCCCAAAAUUCAAACUACCAAGGAAGAGUGAUAUCCGAACAAUAUUCGACUAUGUGAAAAGUGUUCUUGUUCAAAGAGGUUUUGUUGGAAAGGAUGAAGAAAUCGACAAACAUCCCCUAUUUUUUGAGCUAAUGGGGGAAUGGAGGAGUCACUAUAAUAUUCAUAAAGAAAAAGGAGUCGAAAAGUUUUUCCCAGUCCAACUUCAUAAGUCAACUCAGAGGAAAUCAGCUACACCCACAACAACCCCAACCAAAGGUGCGAAAACCCCCCAAAAAGACGAUGUCGGAGAAAACAAGUGGGAUGAAUUCAUUCCUUUACAUUGGAACGGAUCAACGUUGUGUUACGGCACUAUGCAAAAAGGAUUCCCUCAUCUCAAAAAAUGCAAACAAUGUUGGUCGAAGGAAACAUCAGAAGGCUUUUUGUGUAAUAACCAUUCAGCAAACCGAUGUCAAACUGUCGCCGUUUUGCGUGACAUUAAUGAGAAGACCUUUCAUUAUCAUGCGGCGUUAAACAUUAUGAGCGUGAAGAAAACAGAAUGGACGUCAGACCUAGUUAAAAAAUAUGCUUACAACAGCAUUCCCCUACAAAAAUACCUGUCGGAUCAUCGUAACGCACAAUUCACUCCUAUCUAUGAAAAAUCUAUUCUUCUCUCCUCUCCGGAACGACUCCCUGUCCAGCAUUCCAUCACAUUGUCAGUCGCGCUCAUCACAUUGUUCAGAAACAUGGAAAAAAUCGAAUCAGAUGCACCCAUCAGACCGCAUUCGUUCUUACAUAAACAGUUAGUUAUGUCCAACGCUAAUUUGGCUGUGGUGGAAAAGAUUUUGGAAGAGAAUGGAGUGGCUUUCACCGUGGAAUAUGAUGAUGAUGAUAGCAGCUCCCCAUUAAUCAACAAAGAUCGAUAUUGUUCAAAACUACCUAGGGUAUAUUGUGGAGUAGAAUCCAACAACAAAGUCAAUGUUGGAUUGAAAACGUCCAGGAGGAGGGAAGAGGAGGAUCAUUCUGCUUACACCCAUAGUGACCAAUUCAAAUCAGGACCCAUCUACCAAACCCCCCUGUCAGAUGAGCAGCUAGCGAUUGCAAAUAACAUUGGCACAACUAAAUCUUUUAAACAGUGGACGGAUCAGCAGAGGGAUCUAUUCGAUGUGGUGAAACAAGAUUGCACAAGGAAGGAGGGAUUGGGUCAUGCAGCUCUUGUUCUUGCAGAAAUGAAGGGCCAAUCCUACAAUGGCAUCCUCAUUCAAAGGGACAAUAAGAAAUACGAGAAUGUACAAACUAUUGAGAAAGGGGACAGAGCUUUUGUACAGGCAGUUUUUAAGCUUUUAACGGGAAAAUCCCUUACUGUUUUAGUUGAGCAUACCGAUAAUAUGAGUUUUAAUGUUGAUAUAUAAAUAAAGGCAUUGCAUUUAUUUGCCUUCAUACGUCCCUCAAA